UCUUCAUCACUAUCUGCUUAUUUUUCCAUAUCAUUCUCUACCUGUAUCUUCAAUAACUACUUUCCUCCAUUUUCUUGCUUCUUCUGUCUCUUAAUCCCUCUGUCCCCUAUUCCUUCCCCCAUCCCUCUAUUCCCUCAUCUUCUUCUUUUCUUCUAUCACUGUCCUUCAUCUCUUUCACUCCUCUGUCUCUUCAUCUCUCUGGUUGUUCUUGUUUCCCUCCCUCUGUCCUCUCAUUGAGUUUCUAUUUUCCUUCGUCCUUUUGUUCUUUAUCCCUAUAUCCAACCCCCCAUCCCUCCAUCCCUCUGUCCCCAUCCCCAAUUCCUUCCAUUCUUGCCCCUCCACUCUGUCUCUCCAUCCUUCUCUCCCCUGCUCAUUUUCUUGCACCAUUCUCCCUCACCCUUUGGUUUUCCAUUCCGAUUUCCCCCCAAUCAACUCCUAUUUUGUUUCUCUUUUCUUAUCAUUAUCCUUCAAAUCUAUCCCUCUUCCCAUUCUUGUUUCCUCAAUUCUUGUCCCUUGUUUCUCAUUGCUGACACUCUAUCCCUUAGUCCUUCAUCCUUCUCUUCCAACCUCCCUCCUCCCAUCCCUCUGUUCACUCAUGCUUGUUUUUUUCAUCCCUUCAAUGGCCCACUGUUCUCCACCCUGAAUUCUCUACAUUCUGUUCUUCCUCAAUCCUUUCUUUCGAGCCUCUGUUUUUCCGUUCAUGAUCCUUCAUCUCUCUGUCUUAUCCAUCUGUCCCUCCGUGCCUGCUUUCUCUAAUCCCCAGCCCCCAUCCCUUUUCCAUUCCUUAUUCCUGACCCUUUAUUCUUGUGCAUAUUCCUAUGUUCUCUCAUGACUCUUUUCUUCCAUUUUGUCUCUUUUCUUUCUGUUUCCCACCCCUGUCUCUGUCCACUUUUAUUUCCUGUGUCUCUAUCCUCCAUCCCUCUCUUUCAUUUUAAUUUCCCUCCAUUUCUCUGACCCCUUCCUUCUAAUUCCUCCCAGUUUUCCAUUCCCUGUCCCUUUGUCGCUAGGGCAUCUGUGGGAGCAUUAACCACUUCCUUCCAACAAUGUCCAACAACAUGGCCAAGAUUGCCGAGGCCCGCAAGACGGUGGAGCAGCUGAAGUUGGAGGUCAACAUCGAACGUAUGAAGGUGUCCAAAGCUGCGGCCGAGCUGCUGGCCUUCUGCGAGGCGCACGUGAAGGAGGACCCCCUGGUGACCCCGCUGCCCGCGGCCGAGAAUCCCUUCCGCGAGAAACGACUCUUCUGCGUCCUUCUCUGAGCCCCCCGGCCCUCAAAAAGCAGAAAUAAAAUGAGUGGCUAAAGCAUCUCCUGUCCUGGUGGGGCAACUGAGGCACGGGAGUGGGCGGUUCCCCUGCCCUUCCGGGGAGGAAGUGCCGGGGGAGGGGCGCCUUCCUCCUCCCUCCGCCCCCUCUCCUCCACCGCCCCCGCCCCCUCCUCCCGUGGGCAGUCCCGCCCCACUGCCGGCUCCUGAACGCUCCCGGAAGCCAAGGCCGUGUCCGGGCCCAUCUCCCGGCAGGCAAAGCCGCCUCGUCCGGGCGGGCGACGCGCCCCUCCUUGUCCCCAGCGGGCUCUGAGCGAGCCCCUGCAUGGCCCCCCCAAAUCCCCUCCCCAAGCUGGGCCCUCCCAGGUACUGCUCAUCCAGGCCUGAGACAGCCCCCUCCCCUCGGCGCCUGUCGGCCAACCGGCGCAGCGAUGGGCGCCCUGGGGGAGCAGGGGAUGGAGGCUCAGGCUGCGGUCACGGGAGGGGGAGACUGCAGGGAGCCCCCACUCCUCCCUCCACCCGCGUAGAUGGCCAGGGGAGGCGGAGGGAAGCGGACGAGGCGGAGGAGGAGGGGACAGGUCGUUGCUCAGUUAUUAACAAUUAGAUUAGGGUCCCCGGGGUCCCCUCCUUCCUGCCGGGAGGACAGCGGAGCUGUAAUUAUAUCUCUGCAGCCCCUCCCGCCGCCGGCUCCCGGCCCAGCUUGCAUCAUGUCUGCUGGAGUCCCCGGGGAAACGCGACCGAGGCAGCAGUCUGUGGGGGCUGGGCUGCGGGGGGAGGGGCGAGGGAGUGGGCUGCCGGGGUGGAAAAAGGGAAAGGAGCAGCUGGGGGCGGCUGGAACCUGGGAAUUCCAGAACCCUAGAACCCCGGAAGCACCGAGUCCCGGGUUCUUAGCCAAGUCCCCUUGGCCCAGGUUAAGACCCAAAGAAGGGGAAAGGUAGAACAGACUCAUCUGUGAGGUGGGAAAUUGGGGGAAAGGGGCUGUAAGGUUACGGGGUGGGGGGAGGGGCAAGGGGCCAGCGAUGCAGGGAGGUCUGGACCCAAAUUCCAGUUCUGAGGUGAGGCUAGGUGGGGAGACUUGGGUAAGUGCAUUCCAGACUUAGGGCCUCAACAUCCCCAACUAUACAAUGGGUGUGUGUGUGAGAGAGUAAGAGGGAGGAAGGAAAGGACAGAAAGAGAGAGACGGAGGGAGGGAGAGAGGGAAA